AUGGCGACGCGAAUCGACGGCGACGGUGGCGGUGAACUGUUGGGCUCGGGGACCGGCGAUCACGCCGAUUUCAUCAGCAACCUCCCGGACGAUGUGCUAGGAACCAUCGUCUCCCUGCUCCCCACAAGGCAAGGCGGCCGCACGCAGGCGCUCUCCCGCCGGUGGCGCCCCAUCUGGCGCGCCGCGCCGCUCAACCUCGACGUCGGGGACGACGGCCGCGGAUUCCCCGAGAAGGUCUUCUCAGCCAUCCUCUCCGCCCACGCCGGCCCCGCCCGCCGCAUCCUGCUCACCAAACUCUACCCCCUCCCCACAAACUAUGACUACGCCAACCGCCGCGAGGUCUACGACGACGCCGGCGACGGCAGGGUCGACGGGUGGCUCCGCUCCCGGGACCUCUCCAGCCUGCAGGAGCUGGACCUCGCCUACAGCUACGACCACUGCCGCACCACGCUGCCGCCCUCUGUGUUCCGCCUCGCGCCUGCGCUCCGCGUCGCCAGGUUCGGCUGCUGCCGCCUACCGCCCAACCUUGCCGCGGAUCUCCCGCACCUCCAGCAGCUCACACUGUACAGGGUCACCUUGACGGACGAGACCUUCCGCGCCAUGCUCGCCGGCUGCCCCGCGUUGGAGAGCCUUAUGCUGGAGAUGAAUGUCGGCGUCGGCCGCCUCCGCGUGAGUUCCCCGACUCUCAGGAGCAUCGGCUUCCUCUCUCCUUGGGAGAAACAGCAAUGCCAUGAUGACAUUGACGACGUCAACGAGAUCGUUGUCGAGGACGCACCUCGCCUAGACAGGCUGCUGCCACUGAAUCAGAAAAAAGGUUCAGCGAUCAUCCGGAUCAUCAGCGCACCCAAACUGCAGAUAUUGGGUUCGCUCAGUUACGGCAUAGCAAACCUUCAACUUGGAGCAACAGUUUUUCAGCAAAUGGUUGCUAUCAGCUUGACAACCACGAUACACACCGUGAAGGUUUUGGCUCUCGAUCAUGUCGGUCCUGAUUUGGACACGGUUCUCGACUUCCUCAAGUGCUUCCCCUGCUUGGAGAGCCUGUAUAUCGUUUUACACCCGCUGAGGUUUCAAGAUCCGUAUCAUGAAAACGAGUUACCCCUACUGAAGAAAAUGAAAAAUAUGCGCAAGUACGCCUCGCUAGAUGAUCCAACUGAAUGCCUUGAGCUCCAUCUAAAGAAGGUAGCCCUCAAGGUCUACUAUGGCAGGGGUAUAGAAGUUGAUUUUGCUCGGUUCUUUGUUCUGAAUGCGAGAGUGCUAGAGCGGAUGGAAUUUGGACUUGUUGAAGAGUACGACGACAAAUGGAGGGCUAAUCAAAACAUGCACCUACAAUUGGAAGACAGAGCAUCUCACAAUGCUCGGUUCGAAUUUAAAAGGUUUUCUUUGACUAGUUUCAAAGACUACAAGAAGCAUACACAUGAUCUUUCAAUGCCUGAUCCAUUUGGCGCCUCCUUCUUCGACGGAUAUGUUAGCCUUUGAGAAGUAUGACCUUACACUAUCUUGAAACAACAAUUUUGGUACAACAAAAUCUUACUUAUGUAGUCUAUAAAGUUGUCUCACCCCUUUCGAUGUUCUGUCUAUACAAAGUGAUGCAACAAUGGAAGGUCGUGUGGCUUCCCUAAAAUCAAAUAUAAAAGGACAAUGCCAAAGCAGCUCAAGGAAUGGCCAGAGUACGUGAUGGUGUUGUGUAGAACAUGUUGAAGGGGAUUCCUUUAUAGUUUAAUUUCUGUAAUACUGUACGUGAACGCCAUCUGCUAUGCUUUCUGUAUUCUGAACUUAAUUGGUGUUGUUUGUUUAUU